CCGAAGCAGACAGAGCGAUAGAGUGCUAUUGUUGCCUACACAUUUAUCCGCUUCAUAGGAUAUGUCGACAGGCAGCUAUUAUUUAUCCUUUGCCUAUGCAUUUUUUUUGUUUGCGAUUACAUUGUAGGGUUUAAAUUCUAACCCUUUAUUUUAGCAUGAGUCCACGAGAACGGUUAACCCGCUUUAAUAGGUGUUCUGCAUAUUCCCUUCUGAGUCUGUGUCUGUAUUUGACAGUCGUUAUCUGCUGUGUUGGGUCUGUUGUAUCUGGUCACGUAGAUGCUGCCGAGGAGCAGAGACCGAGCCCUCGGGAGAACAGCCACAGAAUAGAACACAGAGAGAGCUAUGAGAUUACCUAUCCACACUGGUUGCAGCCUGCAAGACACAGGAGGUCCGUCCAUGGAGAGAAGCAGCACCCGUCUGAGGCAGAGGUCCUCAUCACAGCUGAGGGAGAGGAGAUGACACUCCGUCUGCACAGGAAUGAGCAGUUAUUGGCCCCCGGAUAUCAGGAGAUAUGGUACAGUCCCAGUGGUUCCCGCCAGACCUCCAAUCCACCCAGCACUGGCCACUGUUUCUACCAUGGUGACGUCCGUGGUGUGGAGGGGUCCAGUGCAGCACUCAGCACCUGCUCAGGUCUCAGGCAGUUAUUGGCCCCCGGAUAUCAGGAGAUAUGGUACAGUCCCAGUGGUUCCCGCCAGACCUCCAAACCACCCAGCACUGGCCACUGUUUCUACCAUGGUGACGUCCGUGGUGUGGAGGGGUCCAGUGCAGCACUCAGCACCUGCUCAGGUCUCAGGGGACUGAUUACGGUGAACACCAGCGUCAGUUAUCUGAUAGAACCCCUGCCUGCUGUCACCAUGGAUACACCUCCUCACGCUGUGUUCCGAGCCGAGAACCUCCGUCUGCCUAACGGAACUUGCGGGCAUCGCCAUAGCAACCAGGGCCAGGGGGAGGUUGGCGUAAAGUUCUCUAAUAUGUCCUGAUUUUCUCCAGGAGCGUAGAGACGUGGCCAGAGUAUGAAGUAUGUAGAGCUGCUGCUGGUAGCUGACCAUGCUGAGUUUCAGAAGCACGGCGGGGACUUAAAUAGGACGAAGACGAAACUGCUGGAGGCAGCUAACUACGUAGACAAGUACUACAAGUCUCUAAGUAUUCGUGUGGCAGUGAUUGGUCUGGAGGUGUGGUCUGAUCAGGACAGGAUCAGUGUGUCUGGUAACCCCUACAGUACCCUGGGAGCUUUCCUGGCCUGGAGACGCAAACAGCUACACACACUACCGAACGACAACGCUCAACUCAUCACGGGCGUGGCAUUUCAGGGCACCACCAUUGGGCUGGCCCCUCUCAGAGCCAUGUGUUCAGAGUACCAGUCAGGGGGAAUCAACUCAGACCACUCUGACAGUGCUGUGGGCGUGGCAGCGACCAUGGCUCACGAGAUGGGGCAUAACUUUGGCAUGAGCCAUGACAGCCCUGGGUGCUGCCAGGCCAAGGCUGAUGAUGGAGGCUGCAUCAUGGCUGCUGCCACUGGCCACCCGUUCCCGCGUGUGUUUAACGGCUGUAACCAGCGGGAGCUGAGCAGGUACCUGAGCUCCGGAGGGGGAAAGUGUCUGUUCAACCUCCCCAACACCAGAGCCAUGUACGGGGGACAGCGCUGUGGGAACGGCUACCUGGAGGAUGGAGAGGAGUGUGACUGUGGAGACGAGAAGGAGUGUUCCAGUCCCUGCUGUAAUGCCAACAAUUGUACUCUGAAGGCUGGAGCAGAAUGUGCCCACGGAGUCUGCUGUGACAACUGUAAGUUGAAGAGUCCAGGUGUGUUGUGUCGUACUCCAUCAGGGUCAUGUGACCUACCCGAGUACUGUGAUGGGAAGGCGGAGUCUUGUCCUGCUAACUUAUUCCUGGUGGAUGGUACUUCCUGUGAUGGGGGGCGGGCCUACUGCUACACCGGCAUGUGUCUCACCCUGGAGCAGCAGUGUCAAUCACUCUGGGGGCGGGACGGCCGUCCUGCUCUAGACCUGUGCUUUAAGAAGGUGAACGAGGCAGGAGACACCUUUGGGAACUGUGGCAAAGACCUGUUGGGGAAAUACAGAGGAUGCAGGGACAGGGAUGCUAGAUGUGGUAAGAUCCAGUGUGUGAGUUCAGCCUCCAAGCCCCUGGAGACUAACGCUGUUCCCAUCGACACCACGGUCCGGGUGGGAGGCAAGAAGGUCCUCUGUAGGGGGACACACGUUUACCGACCAGGCCAGGGGGACGAGGAACAGGGGGACACACUGGACCCACUGUGUAACAACAACCACCACUGCCACUGUGACUCAGGCUGGGCCCCUCCCCUGUGUGACCAGGAGGGGACAGGAGGGAGUGUCGACAGUGGACCUGUCAUCAACCACAGCAGUCUACUUCCUGUCCUGUUGCUCCUCCCCAUGGUUCUCUUUGUCCUAUUGGCUGCUGUGGGACUGUGGUGCUGCUACAGCCAUAAACUCCAUAAAAACCUUCCUCUGAAGACCUCGGUCCCACCACCCAAGACAAUUUGUCCAGUCAGUUGGCCAGUCCCUGCUGAAGCCAAACAUCUACAAGCCAACAGUCUUGAAAACGGUCACCUUGUGAACAGUCUUGCCAACUGUCACCUUGUCAACAAUCAUGCCAACAGUCACCUUGACAACAGCCAUGCCAACGGCCAUGCCAACCCUGCCUUCCUACUGAAGAGACAGGGCUCAGACAGACUGCGUCAGUCCAGUCCUCGCCCCAGCCCCUCCACCAGGACCAGGCACGCUAUCUUCCAUCCGACUGUGAAACCCCCUCCUAUACCUGCUUACGCUGCCCAGCAGAGACAGGCUGUAUCCCAGCCCCAGCCUCAAUCCCAGCCCCAGUCUCAAUCCCAGCCCCAGUCUCAAUCCCAGCCCCAGCCUCAAGCCCAGGCUCGCAACCCCAGCAACCCAACCCUCAUCCCAGCC